ACAAAACUUGUCCAUUGCACACGCCGCGCCUCGAACGAGAGGCUCUCCAUGACCAGCAGACGCAGACAAUGAAUAGGCGCGUUGGCUGCGCGAGAGGCUGCUCCCCCCUUCGCAGCGCCCUUUCAUGAUGUUUUUCGACCCGGAAUUCCUAGAUCGCCGCCUGGCUGGCAAGGGACUGGAGCCGCUCUCUCAAGCUGCCGAUCCGAGGCGCAACCCGACCCUUUCGAAUCCAGCCCAGCCCCCGACGUCGCGAAUCGCCAUACCUCUCUUCUCGAAGCCUGCAGACUAUGUGCCUGGCAGCGGACCACCGUUGCGGCCAAUAUCCUUGCUUCCCGCAGGCGACUCCACAGCGUACAUCAUCGAGCGUGUCCUGCUUCCUUCUCCUGGGCCUGCGGCGAAUGGCAGGCCUCUGCCGAAACGAAUGGCCUACUUGAUCGGAUGGCGCGACCUGCGCGCUGCGAGCAUGCUCGUCCCCGCAAUGCAGGUCCUGGAGUACGUUGCCCCACGGACGCUGGAGGAGUUUGAGGCAAAGCUGGAACAGGAGGUGGACGACGAGAAGGAGAAGCUGCGGAACGAGCUCAAGUCGGGCGCGGCGGCGCCGCAGAAGAAGAGGAAGAGGGGACGGCCUCCUGCUCACAGCCAGAUAAAGUCUGCCGUUGUGGCAGAGCCCGUAGCUGUGACCCCGACGAAGCCACGGCACAAGAAGGGCGUCAUAAGUCUGUCGACUCCUCAAAAGUCUAGGCUGGCGGAUUUUGAGUGGCUGUCAGAAGAAGAUGGGAGUCCUUCGCGACAGAUAGCUGAGGAGCAGUUUCAGAGCUUGCAUGGCUUUUUACCUGAACCUAUUGAGGAGGGUAGCAGCGUAGCUGGAGACACAACCGACCCUCUCCCCAGAGAUCUUGUGCAUCCCGUACGUGGUGCUCCACAAACAGACAUUCUCCAUCUUGUUGGUAGCGACCUUGUGAAACAAGAACAACAGUCAGCAUCGCCUAAUCCAGAAGUCGCAAGGAUUAAAACUCCUAUUUCCGCUGAUAGUGGGCUGCAGACGCCAGCGACUAAUAAGCACAGCUUACCUACCACAGUGGCUCUGUCCGUUGACGAGAGAAAACGGGGCAAUCAGCCUCUAUGCUUACCUCCAUCUUCAACAUCAUUACCCCCCGUAGUGCAGACAGUACAGACACUACAGAAACAGGCAGAGAAGCAGAACCCUCUGAUCAACCUUGAGAAAGGCGUCAAGGUAGAUCAGAAGCCGAAGCAAUCGAAGAAGAGACGCAGAUCUGAAGAUGGAAGUGCAAGGACUGAGACUCAAGAGGACAACGGUUGGGUGGUGGAGAGGAUAGAAGAUGUUGAAUAUUACGAGGUUGAUGGCCAUGGCUUGGUGAGAUAUUUCAGAGUGAGCUGGGAGGGCGAUUGGCCGCCAGAUCAAAAGAGGACGUGGGAGCCAGAAGAAAACAUCCCAGCCAACCUCGUGCGCAACUUUUUCAAGAAUUCUAAGCAUAAACGAAGAGCCUUGUCAAGGCUAGGCACCGUUGGUCAGAGUCAGAGCCAGAGCCAUCCCGAAGGAACAGGCAGGGCAGCUAAACAGAGUGGCAGCUCUUCACGGAGCGCCCAUAAGCAAGGCUCCUCUCUCAAACAGAGCAAACUAUCGUGGCCCGCCGUCCGUAGGAAGUACAAGAGCGUCAGCGAAGCUUUUGCCGCAGAGGACCAUGACAGCCCCGAGAUGAUGGACGACGGCUACGAUGCCGAGGAAGAAGAGCUCAGUGAGAGCAGACAGAAUGAGUAUUUUGUCGUGACGGAAGAUGGCGACGAUGAUAUACAUGGCCGGAGUCUUUGGCCAAGCGCUGGCCCUCUUUCAACUGCAUUUGGCGUACUCAGGGGGCUGCAAUAAACUGUUUUAUACCCCCCCC